UGGUGAUAGUGAUGCAAUCAGAAUAAUUUCCUUGAAAGUUUAUGCAUUGAUGAUGGGAAGUUUCUUCAUUUUAUUGUCAUUUCUUUCUCAGUAUAUGUUACUCGGUUUUGACCAUUACUUUUUCAGGAUUAUGUCUGUCUUAUUAUACAUACUGUCAGGAAAAGCUUCCACUUUGAGUGUUAUUUACUGAAAUUCUGUAUUUCUGCUGGUUUGCGAUUGAUCUUCUUCUAUAUCUUUUUGGAUUGAUUUUUUUGCUUUUAGAUUGCUUUAAUUAUAGUUUUACAUUAUUUCCAUUUCUUUAGUUUCUGGUGAACUGAUACGCUGUUUUGGUUAAAAUUUUGUAUACUUGCCAUUUCUAUAAUUUGAAUGUGAAUUUUUAAGAAUCCUAUUUGGAAACAAUUUCUAUAAGCAUGAGGGGCUUGUAAGUGGUGCUCUAUGAAUUUGGGAUUAGAAAUUCUAAUCAGAACUUGUUUGAUUUUGAAAGUUUUGGGAAACAAACUUGUUUCUCAUUAUUGAUGAAAGCUGAUUUGAUGAUCUGGAUUCAUGUGCAGUUUCACCAGAGAUUAGGCUUCAUUAAAGACGAUUGGGUAUCUGAAUUAUGGGAAGCAAACUGUCAAGGCAUCAAGGUCACUACCAACAUGAUUCAUACAAUCAUGGGGCUCCAUCACUCCCAAGCUCUUCGCCAUACUCGUUUCAUUCUUCAAGAUAUGUAGAGUAUGAUGAAAGAAGCAAGCUGCAACCAAGGCAUUCAUACAACUAUGGGGAUCCAUCACUUCCAAGCUCUUCGCCGUACACGCCUCAUUCUUCAAGGUAUAUUGAUUAUGAUGGAAGAAGCAAACUGCAGUCAAGGUACUCAAGAAUUGGUGACGACUACUACUCUCUAGAACAGGUGACACAAGCUCUUGCACAAGCUGGUUUGGAAUCUUCCAAUCUUAUUGUGGGCAUUGAUUUCACAAAAAGCAAUGAAUGGACUGGCUCGCGGUCUUUCCACAGGAAGAGCCUGCAUCACCUGGGGAAUUCUCCGAAUCCUUAUGAACAGGCAAUAUCCAUAAUAGGAAGAACACUUUCAGAUUUUGAUGAGGAUAGCCUUAUUCCUUGUUAUGGUUUUGGCGAUGCCACUACUCAUGAUCAAGAAGUUUUUAGCUUCUAUCCAGAAGAUAGGCCUUGUAAUGGCUUCGAGGAAGUACUGAGUCGUUACAGAGAAAUAGUUCCAAAUGUUCAUUUAGCUGGACCAACAUCUUUUGCCCCAAUCAUUGAAACUGCCAUCGGAAUUGUGGACAAUAGUGGUGGCCAGUAUCAUGUUCUCAUGAUCAUCGCUGAUGGGCAGGUUACAAGAAGUGUAGAUACACGUAAUGGGCAGUUGAGUCCUCAGGAGCGUAGUACAAUUGAUGCUAUUGGGCAAGCAAGUGAGCAUCCGCUAUCGAUAGUACUGGUUGGAGUUGGUGAUGGACCAUGGGACAUGAUGCAUAAAUUUGAUGACAAUAUUCCUUCCAGGGCUUUCGAUAAUUUCCAGUUCGUGAAUUUCACAGAGAUUAUGUUGAAAAACAUCCCCAUGUCUAAGAAGGAGACUGAGUUUGCUCUGGCUGCACUAAUGGAGAUACCAUCACAAUACAAAGCUACAAUAGGACUUCAUCUCCUGGGCUGUCAGAGAGGUAUUCCAAAGAGGUAUCCUCUUCCUCCUCCACUUGGAAACAGCUUGGUGAAUUACAAUCCAAAGCGUAAAGAGCCGAGAAGCAAUGAACAUAGAAUGGGAUUUGAUUAUGAUCCUUCUUGCCGUUCUGUGGAUCAUUCUUCACAGAGCAGGAGUUGUCCUGUGUGUUUAUGGAGUAAGAAAGAUCUUGCACUUGGAUGUGGACAUCAGACGUGUUAUGAUUGUGGGAGGGACUUGAACUUGUGCCCCAUUUGCCAAACCUACAUAAUCACUAGGAUUAGACUGUGCGAGUAAUUCAUCAGAUUAAGCAGUCUGUUCAGAACUUGACAGAAUGAAUCAUUGCUGGAAGUUCCAAAACCUGACAGGAUGAAGCACAUUGAUGGAUUAAAUCCCAUAAAUGCACUUCUUCUAUUUCAGUUCUCUGUGCAUAUCUAUUUGGGUAACCUUCUUUAAUUAAUGUCAAAGAACCAAAUAGUUCUGUUUGAUUUUGAUUCCUGUUGUGAACUUCUGAUUUGAUCAGAUACUUUCUUGUUUGAACAUGUUUCUUUCUUCAGAAGUGAAAACGAUUGUGUCAGAGAUAUAAGAUAUGCUUAGCCUUAACUUA